AUGGACAGGAGCCGCGCCAGCGCCUACCUGUGCCCCUCCCUGUAUUCAGGCGCAUUCAGACCCGCCGUCGCGUCGCCGGAGCCGAGCCAAUCCUUCGUGUGGAAAGCCGUGAAGCCCUUCUUCAAUGGCGGGCUCAGCGGCAUGAUGGCCACCUGCAUCAUCCAGCCCAUCGACAUGGUCAAAGUCCGCAUACAGCUGGGCGCUAAGGGGAACCCGCUUGCAGUCGGCAUGGCCAUCGCUCGUCAGGAUGGCGUGUUUGCCUUGUACAAUGGCCUCAGCGCUGGGCUCCUCCGCCAAGCCACGUACACCACCGCCCGGCUGGGCAUAUUCAACACCUUGAGCGCAGAGCUGAAGGAAAUGAACAAGGGACAGAAUCUUCCCUUGUGGAUGAAGGCUGCUUGUGGGCUGACUGCCGGGGGCCUGGGAGCUUUGGUGGGCACACCUGCGGACUUGUCGCUUAUCAGAAUGCAGGCAGAUGCCACAUUGCCACCAGAACAACGAAGGAACUACAAGAAUGUGCUGGACGCUUUGGUCAGGAUCAUGCGUGAGGAGGGCUUCAUUGGCUUGUUUCGUGGUGCUGCCCCUACUGUCACCCGGGCCAUGGCUCUCAACAUGGGAAUGUUGGCCUCUAAUGACCAGGCUAGGGAGAUGCUGGUGGAUGCAGGGUUUGCAAAGGGCAGCUACGUUGUGAUCUUGGGCGGCUCAACAAUCGCUGGAUUCUUUGCUUCUGCAUGCAGCUUGCCUUUCGAUUUUGUGAAGACCCGCAUGCAGCGCAUGACGGCCAACCCAGAUGGCACAAUGCCCUACAAGGGGCCCAUUGACUGCACGAUAAAGACCUUCACAAAGGAGGGGCCCCUCAAAUUCUACACUGGCUUCCCGACGUACUUCAUCCGUAUAGCGCCCCACGUCGCCAUGACCCUCGUGUUUCUGGACGCGAUAAGGUACAUCGAAUCCAAGAACGGGUUGUAG